UCAGAUACUCCUAGAUUCUUUUUUGUCACUAGGUUUAAGAUUUUGUAGAUCUAUAGUUGAAAAAUUGCUGAACAUAAAGUGUAAAGUUUUUUCAAAAACUCUAACGGUCUUGUACGAAGGUUUUAUAAUGACAUAACGUGUGGCUGUGACAGCAAGUGCUACCUACAAGUUAGAAUUACUGUGACUAGCUGUAGCCAACCAUGAGUCGCUUCUUUUCCUUCAUCAAGAAGAAAGGGGACAAAGAUGGAGGGGAGUUUCCUGCAAGUCCUCCUCCUUCCCCUCUCGCUAAGAGCAAAUCAGAGGGCGAGGGCAAGUCUGUGAAACAAGUCAAGAAACGCAGCAAUAAACGAGAGCGACACAAGCGGCCAGCUGGGCCUUCUGCUCCAUCAGAGGACGGCAGUUCCCUAGAGACCGAGCCUGUGGAACUCAUCAGUACCGACGCCAAUGGCAACUCCAUGACUGGGAAAAUAAAGAGCACCUCUAACUCCAAUGCCGGGGAAAUGGUGCUCAAAAUCACGGCUGAGGGGGAGUGCGAUUCCUUAGGCGAUGUAGAUUCUAUAUCAGAGGAAGAAAUCGCCAAUGGUAAGGUAAAUCGUACUAACAUUUCAUCUUCAGCGCCACAGGAAGAUGAAUCGGUCGUAGAAAAUGAAAACCAGGAUGGCAUAAUCAUUGAAGAUGGUUGUAGGAUUAAUAUAGAUGUCACCGUCAAUGGUCAUGGUAACAUCCACGAGUCCGCCGUUACUAAAGUUUCUUUUUCCGGGACGAAUGAUGACUCACUCGUGGAUGAUUUCAUGGAUGAGGCUUUUGAUGAUCUAGAAGUUGAAGUUGAGAUUAAGGAAGAAACUUCUGUUUUGUCAACAUCCGAAUGCAACGGGGAUGAAAACGAGCAAUCAAAAGUGUUAGCAAGCAGCUCGCCUGCUGAAAAAUAUUCUGAUUCACCCAAUGAACCCAUGAAAGUGGAUGUUGAUGAUAUUCCAUCUGUUGUGUUGCGUCCAUUAUCUACUGACACCGCCGUGACGCAUUACUCGAGCUGUGAACCUGGAAGCGAUGUGUUUGAUUCUGCGUCUGACGAAUUUCACGAUGCGCCGGAUGUAUUAAAUAGUUCUGGUUUUCCCAGUGAUACCAUUCAAUUGUCCUCCGAUAUUCUUGCUGAGCCAUCGGUUGAAUAUGCAGAUGAUGUUGGUGACAUACAUAAUAGUGAAGAUGUAAGUUUGGACUUGAGAACCAAUUAUACCCCUAAAGAUCUCGAAUUCUGUUUUGAAGUACCUUCCAAAGGGCGGACAAGCUUCCUUGCAGGUGAGAUUAUUGAAGCGCGCAAUCAAAUUGAAGUCGAUAUUCCUACAGUAAUUUCUUCCGAGUCUGCUCAACCGAACAAUAUUAAUGCUUCCAUGUUACCGGAUGAUGGUAUCAAUGACGGCUCUUCAAACUGUCCGGUGUCGACGAAUCAUGAGUUUCCACCAACCGAGAAAUUUUCCAGCAACGAUGAUUGUGUCAUUCCUGAAAGUGAUUCAGUGUUCUCUCCUACGAUGUCCGACUGUGAAACCCCCGAAGAUGAAACCCCAGAGUCGAAGAAAUGUGUUGUAAUUUGUGAUGUUCCGUCCUUUCAGUGUGAUCCUAAGGAUUUUUCUGACCGUCCUACACCUGUAGAAUCUGUUGAUAAUGCUAGGCUUGAUAGUGACCCAUCUAGUCCAACUACCACUGAUGUAAAUGAUGUAUGUUGUGGUGUAAACCUUGUUUGUGAUAGUAAAGAAGCCGACUUCGUUGAAGUUUUGUGCGAAGCUAAAGAUACAAUAGAAACAAUUUCUCUCCAAGGACCGGAGGCUGCAAUUGGUCAGAUAAAUGCUGACGAAGCCCAUACCGUUGAUAGUAGUAAACCAGAAACCGCUUCAAGUAACGGAACAACCGAUGAUAAUUUAUUUUGUAGAGAUGAUUCAAUUGAGAAAAACGUUCAUGUCGCAGUUGAGGCGGCUCCUAAUGCGACUGUCGACCUCAGCGUAGUUGCGGAAUCAGACAUCAGUGGAGUGGCAGAUCAUAGAGCGGAAUCUCGUGCAAUUUCGACUCCUAUUUUAAAUGGAAGUCUGAUCAGUUUUUCGUGCGACGUGAGUGCUGAUGCUGGAGAUGCGCCCACAGAACCGCAGCCAAAUGAUCGUAAAAGAAGCUCGACCUGCGCCUCUGAAGACUCAAGUCAGAGGAGCUCUCGUUCUUCUUUUAAGCAACAAAUGUCGCUAGAGGAUGAACUUAGUAAAUACGAUGACAAGAUGAUCAAAGAAGAGGCGGAGGCGCGUCUGGCCCAGCGUCGCGCCGCUCGAGCGGAGGCGCGCGAGCUGCGACUCCGGGAGCUGGAGAAACAGCAACAGCAGAACCCUGAGAACAACGAUGAUGCCAGCGACGUGUCUGACGGCGGCAGCGGUGGCCGGUCUAGCAGCACUCGCGCGACGUCCGCGGCGGCGACGGCGUGCACUAACAGCGUGGCAGGGCACCACCACACACCCGGCACUGUGCCUCCUCCCCCGCCUCUGCCUCAGUACACUAGACACUCCUCUGAAGAAUCCAACCCCGACGACCCUGCCUCUUCUAAAGACCUUAGAGAGCUGGAGGAGAAAUUCCGUGGCGCUAUGAUCAGCAACGCUCAGCUCGACAACGAGAAGACUCAACUGACGUAUCAGGUGGAAUUGCUGAAGGAUGUCAGAGCCGACAUAACCGAGCAGUUGACUCAGCUCAAGAAGGAGCACAAGAAGAAGUGCAGUGAGCACGAGCAGCUGCGCAAAGUCUACGCUAAGCUGCAGGAGGAGAGCAGGAAGCUUCGGCGUGUUCUCGAGCAGCGUGAUGAGCUCAUUCAGGAAUACGGGCUGGUUGUUGUUGGGGGCGUAGCAGAGGAGGACGAGGAGGACGACGAGGCUGACGAAGAUCUGGUGGCGCGGGAGGAGACGGAGGACGGGCUCGUCCUGCCGCGCCCUGUUCCCAUGAAGCGCGUCCUGCUGUCUCAGGAGGCUGCUGAGAUCCUCGAGAAAGGCGCAGCUAAAGGCUCUCUAGAAUGGCGCUUGCGACGAGUCGUGGAGCACAAGCGGGAGUUGGAGGACGAGCUUCGUCGAGUCAACUUAGAGUUAGAGGAGCAGGUCAACAACCAGCGACUAAAUAACUGCCUCGAUUCUAAUAUUCAGAAAGAAGCUAACAAAACAGUUAAUGAAUAUAAAUUCAGAGUACAAAGGGCUGAGGCCGAGGUGUCGUCACUACAAGCUAAUGUAAAUCGUCUGGAGGUGCUAGUAACGCGGUAUAAGACGCAGGUCGAGGAGCUCGAGAAGAGUGAAGAAGAACUUAAAGUGGAAAAACGUAAACUGCAACGCGAGUUGAGAGAGGCACAAGGGAGGCUAGAAGAGCUCGAGACAACCAACUCUCAUCUCCUACGACGCUUCGAAAAGCUAAAAAACGCUCGCUCCAAUCUGCUCAAAGACCUUUCCCAAGACCCCGUAUGAGAAAAUAUAUCGGCUUAUGACUUACAUAUUUUCGCUUAUCCAUAGUAACGAACCUAUUCUUAAUAUUAUAGACAAUUUGUGUGCAACCUUAAAUACACAGUAAUCCGUUCUUUAGGUCAGUGGAAGUGAAUGAGUUUGACGUCCUGUUCGUGUGAGUUUAAAUUAAAUGAGUCGACCAAGAGAACGUGUUGGUAGUUUCGCCUGACAGGUUGCGUGCAUUCUUGUUUAUUUCACUUGUGAAUAAGAACGGCGAUGAAUUCUGACGUUCAUUGUAAGGUCAAGUUUUGUUACGACUAGUAUUUCCGUUUGAAUCGGAGAAGUUUAUUUUGGAGGUGAGUUUUGUCCUCUUGAGACUGAAGAUAUCUAAAUAUGUUUCACGAGAAAUAAGUAUGUUCAGUAGUAGCUACUGAGUAAUAUUGCUUGUUUUAGUGGAAAUUGAACAAUAAACGACGUUUUUAGUUUUUUUUUGUCAGA